AUGAGCUUGGAACAGAAGUUCCAUGAAGCAGUGGACAGUGUCUUCAAAAAAUGGACAACAUUGGCCUUGGCGACAGAUCAAGGCUGGGGUGGCCGCGACUCGCAUGCCAAAGGGAGGCAGCUGCAGGGGGACGUCAUUGACUAUCUGGCCAACGCUUCAAGGAAGAAGAAUCCUCCGAGUUGGCAGAAUCCUGGUGAUGUGCAGGACCUGGCCUACUUCCUGUAUUUGCGGAUGGACGAGUUGUUCAACACGGAAACCGACGACGGUAGCGACAGAGAAGUUGCAACUCUGUGUCUACGCCUCUGGAACACCUGCCACGCCGGAGACGCAAGUUUUGCGGACGAAGUCCUGCAGGCUUGCCGAACCCAAGCUCCACAAGACCUUUCCAAAAGCCAAGGGUCCGAGCGCAUUGAGUAUGCGACAGAAGAAGAUGAGCUGCUAGACAAGCUGGAAGGAAUGGAGGUUGAGGAAGGCGACGAAGGUUCUGACAUUGAAGUCCAGGAAGCUGACAGUGUCCUAGAGCUUGCAGACGAAGCCUUGCAUCGAGGCAAAGGCUAUGGGACCAGCAAGCCCAAAGAGGUGGAACCUGUAGUCGACGAAGAUGGCUUCACUGCCGUCGUCAAAGGACGGCGCAGGCCACGCUAG